AUGGAAUAUUUGAGUAGGAGCUUGAAUGAACUUGGAGAGGAUAAAGGCUUCAAAUACCAUCCUAGGUAUGCCAAACUAGGUAUCACUCACUUAUGCUUUGUAGAUUACCUAUUAUUAUUUGCUAAAGGAGAUUAUACUGCUAUUACUAAACUACAGGCUAAGUUUCACCAGUUCUCCAGAGCCUCUGGCUUACAACCAAACUUAGACAAAAGUUCAGUAUACAUUGGGGGUUUGAAUAAUAGGGAUGCUCAACAGAUCAUUGAAUACCUAGGAUACAGACAUGAAGAUUUACCUUUCAAUUAUUUAGGUGUUCCCCUUAUAACCAAGAAGCUUACUUUACUACAAUGGCAACCUCUGAUAGAGAAAGUUGUGGCUAAAAUCUUCUCUUGGACUGCUAUACACUUGUCUUAUGCAGGAAGGAUCCAAUUAGUGAAAUCAGUCAUUUUUAGGGUCCAAUCUUACUGGGCUCAACUGUUUGUACUUCCAGCUAAAGUGAUGAAGGCAAUCAAUGCGCAUUGUAGGAGCUUUAUAUGGUCUGGGGUGAAUAAUAUAACUAAAAGGGCUUUGGUGUCUUGGGACAAAAUGUGUCUUCCCAAAUCAGCAGGUGGCAUGGAUUUGAUCUAUCUUAAAAUAUGA